AUGUGAAGACCAGAUAGGAACAUUAAUAGAAAACAUUUACGCAACGUACGCCCAGUACAAUAUACCCAUCGUGCCAAAAUUGGCGGUUAUCGGCAACGGAUACAAGGAAAUAACUGGUCCAUUUUAUGUAUUUUACAAGGAUUUUUACUAUAAGCUAGCUUCUGUAGAAAGGGCAUUAGACGUUUUGAUAAAGCUAACUGCAGUAUUUGGAUUACCUCAUUCAAAAAUUUCGAGGCUUGUUUGGCAAUUUAUAUCCUCUGAAAUCUAUCAGUUGGAACACAAGGAAUCAUACACCAGCAUCUUAAAACUCCAGCAGUAUUUGAGGCAAAAUGAAUUGCAUGAUUGUUGAAUGUUCAGAAAGUUUCUCUUCUGCUCUCGAAUAUUUCGUCCACUUAGAGGAAGUUCAUAGAAUUCCAAAAUAUGAUUUUCGUUAUGAAUGUACUUUCCAAAACUGUCCUCAGAUAUUCAAUCAAUGGCAGCGGUUCAAGAAACAUGUAGUAAACCAUAAGUUUCUAGCGCAACAACCAUCUGUUCACAAUCAAAACAAUGAUUUAAAUGAACAAUCAGAGUGCCAGAACUCGAAAAGAAGAAGACUAGAUACUCAUUUAAUUGAGAAUGCAGGUCUAUCCAAUCAGCAGGAAGAUUCUGCAACUAAUAAUACGAUUCAAAGUACACAUAAAGACGAACUGACCUUUUCUUUUGAAGACCCUGAACAGACGGAGAUAGCUUCAGUUAAUUUUACAUUAAGUAUGCAUAUGCGGCACAACAUAACAAGAAAGGAUGUUUACUUCAUCCAAAGCGAAGUCAAUAAGAUAACUUCAAAAUUGGCGUGCGCAAUUGAGGACUUGACCUUAGACGUUACAGAUGCAGAAGUUAGUUUCAAGUUAAAAAAACACCUUUGUACUAUGAAAAACUUGUUCAAAAGCUUCAACACAGAUCAUAAAUUGUUCAAAUAUUUGGAGAACUUAAAUUGCUUUGCAUUGCCUUCUAUCAUCACUACAACACAAGAUCAAAUUGUUUCAAUGCCAAUCGAUGCAUCGAUAGAUUUCGAAUUUGAACCAAAACAAAAUUUUCUUCUCUUGAUGCCAUUAGAAUUUCAAAUCAAAGCAUUUUUCAACUCUCCAAAUAUUCUGCAAGCCACUCUUGAUAAUACUUCAAAGCUUAAACAGUCAUUAGAUAUUAAGAACUUUGUCAAUGGAAGUUUAUGGCGUUCAAUUGAAAAUAAAUAUCAAAAUGAUAUCAUUUUACCAGUCUGGCUGUAUAGCGAUGAGUUCGAAAUAAACGAUAGCCUAAGCUCUCACUCAUCAAGGCAUAGUGUUUGUGGUAUCUACUACAACUUCCCAACGAUACCAGAACAUUAUAAAGCUAAAUUAAGCAAUAUUUUAGUGGCCGGCAUGCUAAAAAAACAAGACAUCAAAAAUGUUGGUAUAAACAGGCUGAUUAAUGAAAUGAUUAGCAAAUUUAAAGAAAUUGAAACUAAAGGAAUUUUGUUUGAUGUAAAUGGACAAACCAUCAUGAUAAGAUUUGUGCUAUCUUUGCUACAAGGAGAUAAUCUUGGAAUCCACACUAUGCUCAUGUUGGCUGGUGGAUUCAAUGCGAGAUUCUAUUGUCGAUUUUGCAAAAGACCAAAAGAAUUGUUAAAAAAUGAUACACACGAAUUUUCUGAUUACAUGAGGAACAAAACUAAUUACAAUGAAGAUUUGCUCAUCGCCAAUCAAAGUGAAACAGGGAUAUCGGGGAACUCCGUCUUUAAUGACCUUCCGUCCUUUCAUGUGGUAGAAAAUAAGAGCGUUGAUCCUAUGCAUGAUCUAUUUUCUCAAGGUAUUUGUAAAUUUGGACUGACAGAAGUUUUAAAUUAUUGUAUUUUUAAGAAGGGUUACAUCAACUUAAAACAAUUGAAUUUGCAAAGGCAGAUAAUAGCUAAAACUUGUAUUGACGAGGAACUGAAGCGUAUGCCAGAUAUCGGAGAAAUAUAUCUUCCUAAACAAAAACAUAAAUCUGUGACAUUCAAAAUGACUUCUAGUGAGAUGCGCUGUUUUGUCCACUAUUUCACACUAUUGAUAGGAGAAUUUGUUCCAUACGAAGAUAUGGUUUGGAAGUACUGUUUGUGUUUAAUAAACUUGAUAGAUUUAUGCCUGAAAAGAUCUUUUUCAAACUCUGAUAUAACAAGGCUUAAAAAUGAAAUUGAUGCACAUCAUCGAAUGUUUGUUGAGCUUUUUGAAAAAGAUUUAAAACCCAAACAUCAUGUUAUAACACACUAUCCAACAAUUAUAGAAACAUCUGGUCCUGUUGCGAACAUGAUGUGCUUUAGAAAUGAAGCGAAACAUCGAGGCUUCAAACAGUAUGCACACGUUACCUCGUCCCGCAAAAAUAUAUGCUACACUUUAUGCAUCAAAGCUAGCUUGCAAUUUUGCUAUGAUCUUCUCAAUCAAAAUUUUUUUACAAAAGAAAUUGUGGGAGACUUUGAAUCAUGUGAUAUGAAAUGUAGACACUAUUUCGAUAAAAUUGUACAACCAAUUCAAACCAAUAUUAAAUUUGAAAAUGUCAAUUGUAGCAGUUCAGUUGAGUUCAAGGGAACAUUAUACAAAAGAGGUAGCUUUUUGGUUAAAUUAGAAAAUUCUAUUAUGAACUUAUACGAAAUUGUAGAAAUGGUUUUGAAUGGAGAGGAACUUUAUGUUGUUUGCGAUUUCUGGGAAGUGGGAAUAUACAACAAUCACUUCUUGGCAUAUGAAGCCAAAAGAAGUACAUCGCAAUUAUUUAUUUUUGAAAUCAAUUUCUUCGACGGCCCACCAUUAAAGUUAAAUUUCAUUUCCGGUAGAUUUAUGUUUAGAGUGAAAAAUAGUUUUAAUAAUUGUUAUUAGAAUUAAGAAAGCAUUUUGAAUUAAAAUUAAGUUUGUAUUG